GUUUCCGAUCACUUCGAUGUUUCCGAUCGCUUCGAUUGCUUCGAGCUCUAUGAGCGCUAGUUCCGCUGAGUCUUCCCGAGGUCGGGGACUUCGAUUGUCCGCAACAUGGAGGGAAAUGUUGGAGAUAUGGUCUGACGAUGGCCGGCUUUUCACUGCAGUUUACCUAUACAAGAGCCGCCUGAGCCGCCUGCGCCUUGUUCCAGACUUUGGUGGAUUGCUGUCUCAUUCGGGAGUUGUCAUGGAGCAUGCCUUGCCACUUCCAGGGGCUCGGUCACGCUUCCUCCGACUGGACUUUGGCCAGGACGGCUUGGAAAUUGUCGCUUCGGGCCACCUUCCUAUCAUUGAGGAUCAGAUCAACUGGAGCGAGGAUCCAUUUUUGGAGUUCCUGCAUGCAGACAUCGCUCCUGGGCAUGGUGAUCCGAUGGCCUUGGCAAAUUUGCUUGAGCAGCUUCACGGGGAUUACUUGCGGCUUAGAGAUCUUCAGAGUCUGAAGAUGCAACGUGCUGUUGCUCGAGCCUGCCUCCAGGAGGUCUUCCUGAUUUUGGUGUUGGCCGCGCUCAGCUUCCGUACUCUGGACAAGGGCCUGGAGAUGUUCAACCACGAGACUACGCAGGGACCACAAGCUUUACCUCAAGAGGAGGAGGAGCAUGACGCCAGCGACGAGGAGGACGCCAAAGAGUCGCGGAAUUUGGUGGCUGGCAACGAUCUGCGGAGGGUGCAACGAUCUCCCAGUACCAAGGUGAGCCUAUUGGUCUGUUGCUUUUUGGGCUGCGUGAUUCUGACGGUCCUCAAAGGGAGCGGCCAUGGCUCCAUCGUAGGUGUCACCUGCGGCUCGCUGAGUUUCUGGCUCCUCACCUGGGCCACGCUGCCCUGGGUCUUGGGCUUCGGGAUGAUUUUUCGGGACAUCCUCAUCAAUGAACACUUGGAAAAUGAGGAGGACGGCCAUGACUAUCACUGCGAAGAGAUUCGCUGGAACGCGGUGAACACCAUCCGGUACCCUUUGCUGUGCAGCCUGGCGGGUGUUUUAGCUGGCCUUUUUGGCGUGGGAGGUGGCAUCAUCAAAGGACCAUUGAUGCUGGAGUUGGGCGUUGAACCUCAAGUGGCAGGUGCCACGGCCAGCACCAUGAUUCUCUUCACUUCAGCUUCAGCGGCAGUCUCUUUCCAGGUCUUCGGCUUGCUGAAGGGCGACUAUGGAGCUUUCUGCUUCAUCUUGGGCUUCAGUUGCACCCUGCUGGGGCAGGUGGCCAUUCAAAGAUGGAUGCAGGAAACCAAGCGGCCCUCUGUUACGGUGCUGUCCAUCGGCCUUGUGCUGGCCAUUUCCACCGUGUUGCUGGUCAUGGAGAUGAUUGGACACAUGGCCAGGACGGAAGAUCUUCAGAAACUUGUGUUGCCCACCUCGCUGUGCAACAUCAAUGAUUGA